ACAACAACAACAACAACAACAACAGUAACAAACAGCAAUUUACAUUUUUAGAUUCUUCACAACAUCUGCCUCAUGUCCGAAAACGAAGAGCGUUCUGAUCCAUCCAAAGACCAACAUAACUCGUCCAAUGUACUUCGCUAUACAAAAGAAAUUCUUUUAUCACUACAUGACAGUCCUUUAGUAUGCAAACCAGACAAUAUGCCUCCUUUAUCUUCAUGGUUCGGUGAAGAAGCUGGAUCUCCUGCCGUUUCCAAAAACAUGUUGAAUAGUAGCGUUGUAUCGCGGUCUACAGAUAAAAGUAUCAUACUUGGUCCUCCAAAAACCAAUUUUGCUUCUUCCUUAUAUGGAGGACUGAAACGUACAACGGAUACUAAUGGUAGCACGAAUUCAACAUCCUCAAAACUGUCAUCUUCUCCUUCUCGUUCUCGACACUCGGAGGAUUCUAUACGUCAAAACAACAACGGUAUGAAUAAUAGUAACAAUAGCAACAAUCGAAUGUCUAGGGGUCCAGCAUACGUAGGCGAAAAAGGAUUCCAUCACCACCACCAUCAUCAUCAUCAUAACAAUAACCAUCACAACAGACAAGAUAAAUCCGGUUUAGAACGACGAUCAUCUAAUUCUUUUGGCAAUCAAUCAUUACACAACAAACGAUAUCAUCAUCAAGAUCAUCAUGGAGAACGCUCAGUAAUCAAUUCCAGUAGUCGUAGAGACUUUAACCGCGAUCAACGCACUGGUCAUCGAGCCAACCAAUCGAAUCACAUGGAUAUGAAUGAACGUGGUCAAGAACGGAUCCCUGAAUGGAUGGAUUAUAGUCCUGAUGCCAAAAAGCCAACUGUGGAUGAUAAAGUGAAUGAUCAUGGAGAAUUUGCAAACGAUUUGGAAGCAUGGAAAUCAAGUAUGAAGAAGAAGGAAGAAUUAUCAAAUAUUGCAGAAAAACCAUCACAAUCCGAGACUAGUCAAGAAUUGCCCCCAUCUACUCCAGAACAAAUCAACGAUAAACAAGCAGAUGAUGUUAUGGACAAAAUAUUGGGUUUGGGAUCGAUGGAAUUGAGCUCAACCACUUCAGCUUUAGAUAAACUUUCUUCUCCAAUGUCAUCUUUCUUCGAUACAUCCUCUUCGCCUUCAGCUGAUGCGCCAACAAAACGUGGAUCUCGAUUUGCCAAAUUCUUUGCUAAACGGGAAGAGACUGCUCAAGGAUCAUCAUCAAGUCCUCUAGUAUCUUCUACUUCCUCUUCUGGAAUUACAACUGACACCCAACCUAAAUCUAUCAGUGUGAACGAAUUGUUUCAGAAACCCGUUAGUGGUCCAUCUCUACAAUCCAAUUUGAGACCAGAAACUAGUAGUAACGACAGCACGGAUCCAUCUCAUCAUCAAGAAAAUACUACCAACGUUCGUAUGCUCUCUGAAGAAGAUGUCCUUCAAUCUCUUGGUGCAAAGAAAACUACCAUGUCAAAUUCAGAACAAUCUCCCCCCGGUGCCAAUGCCAUCGGAUUCAACAAGGUGUUACAAAUCCUGUCUCAACCAAAACCUACCGUGCCCUUGUCAAAUUCUGAUACAAAAAGCAUUUCUUCGCCAAAGGCAACGAAGAAUCAAGUUCAAGAAAAUAAAAUUGAUUCUACUGGAUUACCUAUAGAGUUAGCUGGGACAACUGUCAAUCACUCACCUAAUGUCAGCAAGCAAUCACCUUUGAAAAACGAUAUGCCAGGAUCACCUUCAAUAUCAGGUGGACAAUCAACUACUCCUGUCAAACCCAAGGUAGUCAGUAAUCUUUUCGGUAGCAAUCUUCCAACCUCAGUUUUACGACAAAUGAGUGCACGAUCUGAAGGGCGAUCACCAUCUCUAUCAUCUAAUAAAUCUGGUCACUCUGGACGGUUCAGUCAUACGACAAGUGACUCACAAAAUGGGUCACCUUUGAUUGGAAAUGCAUCACCAUCUUCUAUGACAACUUCACAACAAUAUCAUCAACAACAACAACAACAGCAACCUCAAUCUCCAUCCAAUUAUGGUUUCAAUGGUUAUGCAGUUCGCACAACAACUACAAAUACACAAAUAAACACUGGAACACAGCAACAGCGUGAUAUCAACAACGAAGGAACAACCAGGAUAAAUGAAAUGAUGAUGAUGAACUCUCAAGUACCUAGAAAUCAAACGAACGGAUAUGAUAUGAUGACACAUCAACUGUAUGGAAAUGGCGACAAUACAGGUAUGCCACCUCUUCGACCUAUGCCACCAAAUCUUCCUCAUCAAACUGCACCAAAUAUGAAUGGGCCUAUGACUCGAAUGUUGAAUCCUCAUUUUGUGCAACAACAACAACAACAGCAGCAACAACAGCAAUCACAGCAACAACCACUUGGAUCAAAUAUAGACCAAUCAUUUAUGCCUCCUCAUCCACUACCUCCACCUAUGAUGGGUAUUCCUGGUGGUCAUCCUAUGAUGUCUCCUCAUUUACCUAUGCGUAUGCAAGGUCAAACUGCAAAUGUGGUACCACCUCCACCAUUCAUGCAACCACCUAUGCCAGGAAUGCCUCCCCCACCAAUGGGUAUGCCACAACAAAUGUAUCCAAACAAGAACCAUGGUUGGACUCCUCAAUGAAUACAAAAAAAAAAUGAAGAAUCAAGUCCCUAGUUUAGAUCUUAUUUGUUAUAUUUAGCCUAGUUUGAAAUUAUCUUGUUUCUCCCCGUCUUGAUCACCAUCUAUUUAUUAAAUUUGAUAAUAAAAUUGGAUGAUUUUUUUUUAAAAAAAAAA